AUGGAGCCAGGUGGAUACUAUACUUUCUCCUAUGAUGUAUUGAGAAGCACAUCCAAUCAGACUUAUACACAAAAUAGCACUUUGGAUGACUAUCAGAAUGUCUCCUGGUCAGAAGAUGCCCUGUACUUUUUCCCUGUCCCAGUACUAACUGGAAUAACUGUUACUUGUAUUCUGCUCUUUAUUAUAGGAGUAUUUGGAAACAUUAUGACAAUGUUAGUAGUGUCUCAAUAUAAAGAUAUGAGGACAACAACUAACCUAUAUUUAUCUAGUAUGGCAUUUUCAGAUCUUCUUAUAUUCCUUUGUAUGCCACUUGAUCUCUAUAGACUCUGGCAGUACAGACCCUGGAAUUUCGGGAGCCUCCUCUGCAAACUUUUCCAGUUUAUCAGUGAAAGUUGCACUUAUGCUACAAUCCUGAACAUCACAGCUCUAAGCGUGGAGAGAUAUUUUGCAAUCUGUUUCCCUUUGAAAGCCAAAGUAGUCAUCACAAAGGGCAGAGUGAAGAUGGUCAUCUUAGUUCUUUGGGUAGUGUCUUUUGUAAGCGCUGGUCCAAUCUUUGUCUUGGUUGGAGUUGAACAUGAGAAUGGAACAGAUCCCUAUGAUACCAAUGAGUGCAAAGCUACAGAAUAUGCUAUAAAGUCCGGUCUCCUCACAAUAAUGGUGUGGACCUCCAGUGUGUUCUUCUUCCUGCCUGUUUUCUGCUUGACUAUUUUGUAUAGUUUAAUUGGAAGAAAACUAUGGAGAAGGAAAAGAGAGUCCAUAGGACCAAAUACAUCUAUCAGAGAUAAGAAUAACAAACAGACUGUGAAAAUGCUAGUGGUGGUGGUAUUUGCCUUCAUUCUUUGCUGGCUGCCUUUUCAUGUUGCUCGUUAUUUAUUUUCCAAGUCCUUUGAAGCUGGAUCCUGGGAAAUAGCUCUGAUUAGCCAGUAUUGUAACUUAGUCUCUUUUGUGCUUUUCUACUUAAGUGCAGCUAUCAAUCCAAUUCUCUACAACAUUAUGUCGAACAAAUACCGCGUGGCGGCCUGCAGACUUUUCAGACUAAAGCAGGUUUCACGUAAAGCACCUUACACAACAAAUGAUGAAAGUUCCCCUGCAUGGACAGAAUCUAAUGUGAGCACGUGAAGCAACGCGACCAAGGGACAAGCUUAUUGAAGCCAUAAUGCAAAACGCUAUUGAAACCAACAGCUAUGUGUUUAGCCUUUACAGACCCAGAUUUAUCUCAGGAUUUUGUGUUGAAAAUAAAUAUACAAGAAUGGGGAAGAUAUAUUUGCACAAUGGAACAAGGACUUUUUUAUCAACUUAAUUUUUCUCAUCGCUAUGAAUGUAAUUGGUUAACCAUAAAGCCUGCUCAGUCCAGUAUUAACAGCAAAGAAAUGAAACAUUACAAUGUUAUUAAAAAGGGUCAUGGAAGUGAAAAAGUAACUUAUGUGAUUCAGAUAGAUAAACCUCCUGAUUUUUGCCA